UGCACUGAAGGGGCAGGAGAAUGGGAUCUCGGAACCGGAGCGGGGAUGCGUGAUUUUGCCAUCCCUGCUUUAGGCAGAACUAGUGCAAGCAUCCGUGAAGAGGCGGAGUACAGUCUGCGCAGAGCAGAAGCCGAAGCUCAUAUGGCGAGCGGGGAUCAAAAUCAUCAGCGAAGCACCUCGAAGGUUCUCAUUACGAAGCCACUCCGAUGCAUCGUAAAACUCGGAGGUGCGGCAAUUACAUGCAAAAAUGAAUUGGAGAUGUUGAAUGAAGGUGGUCUUGAGAUAGUCUCGCGACAGCUGAGGCAAGCAAUGAUGGCGUCAGGUUCUUAUUCUAGCAAAGUUCUUGGCAUGGAUUGGAGCAAGCGACCUGGAUUUGCAGAACCUUCUUGUGUUGUUGAUGAUUUUAUUGAUCAACAAGCUUUGGCCUUGAGUCAUUUCAUUGUUGUCCAUGGAGCAGGUUCUUUUGGGCACUUUCAGGCUAGCAAAUCUGGAGUCCAUAAAGGAGGAGUGAGUCAACCACUUGUGAAGGCUGGAUUUGUUGCUACACGUAUUUCAUUUAUUUGGAGCUCUACAGUAUCAAUUUCAGAUUCUAAGCAGUGUUGCCCAAGCAUGAUACUGGUUACAUCCCUCAAUCUAGAAAUUGUUAGAGCACUAGCCAGAGAGGGUGUGCCAUCAAUCGGAAUGUCUCCAUUUGCUUGUGGAUGGUUGAUGUGUAAAAAUAAUAUUGCCUCUGCUGACCUAUCCAUGGUGGGUAAGGCCAUAGAAUCUGGCUUUGUUCCUGUUCUUCACGGAGAUGCAGUACUUGACGAGUCACAGGGUUGCACAAUAUUGAGUGGAGAUGUAAUCAUACGUCAUCUUGCAGAACAUCUAAAGCCUGAAUUUAUUGUCUUUCUGACAGAUGUUCUGGGAGUGUAUGAUCGGCCUCCAACAGAAGAUAAUGCAGUACUUCUCAGGGAGAUAGAAGUGUACGAAGAUGGGAACUGGUCUGUAGUGAAACCAUCACAUGGCCGCAUCAAGGAGCAAGUUAAGGUAACUGUAGCCUCCCAUGACACAACGGGAGGGAUGCUCACCAAGAUAGCAGAAGCUGUAACGAUAGCCAAGCUUGGGAUUGAUGUUUUCGUUGUGAAGGCAGGCACAAGCCACUCGUUAAGCGCGUUGCUGGGGGAGGUGAGAGACAGCAUUCCAGACGACUGGCUGGGAACAGCCUUCAGGUUUCAGAAAUGGAAUAAAUGACCAGGACCUGGUGGGCCAAAGUGCGUCGCGAAUGGGGGAAUUUCUCAUUCUGCCUUGCUACAACAAUCAGGUCGGGUUUUCUAUGAUAUUAUUCUAAAAGAAAUGGCUGCUUGUACUCCAAACGGAACCCUUCCACUGGUUCAUUUCUGAGAACUGCAUGUAGCUAAGGUGGUCUGCUGUAUCUUAAAAAGACAUUAGAUCGAAAUGUUUCAUGGUGUCAACAUCCAAGAAGGCGGCCUUUGAUAGAAUUUUUAGUUUUGUAACUUUUACUUUUAUUAAUAUAUUUAUUUAAUGACUUUUUUUUUU